AUGCCAACCUUCCGAGAGGUCGAUCUUCCACUCGCAUGCAGCACGGUCCGUCCGCUACUCAGCAAGGGGUUCCUAGUUCAGACGAUCCAUUCCUUUCACAUGUCGACGAUCUUCCUGUUUCAAGUCCAGAGCGUUUUUUUUUUCGACGGCGUUUACACGUCCUUGCUUGAUGAACCGGCUGCCGUCCGAGCGGCACGCCUCCGGCAGAAGAAGGCCCACCAGUGGCAGAGGUGGGUGACGGAGGUCAUACCUUCGCUGCUCCUUCCCCACAUGGAAUUACUUCGGUUGAGCGAAUCAUUGCGUCAAAACGUUGACAUCCCGCGUGCGUGCACCUGCGGUGGUGAGCACGUAAGAACACUGAAGGUUGUGUGUGUCUACUUUGAAUCUCUUCGCUAUGUAAAUAUCAAUGUUUGUUUAUGCUCGCCUGCUGCUCUACAGUUACUCUCGCGCGGGCUGUUCCCCUGCACGCCUCAGGCGCCCACACUCGCCGUGGACCUGAAUCUGCUGCGAUUUACUCAACAGCUAUUUGUCCGCCUACCUCCUAACACCACGUCAUUCUGUGCGACGCUAGAAGCAUUUCUCGGGGACCGGGGAUAUAAGCUCACGACAAGGGACUCAUUGCAUCGACGAUUCGGAAACGCGCUCCUCUGGUACUCAAACCUCCUCAAUGCGACUAAGAGACACGUGCAGGAUGCUGUCAAACAAGCCCGAUGUUCUGUCUUGCAUGAGGCCUGUGAGUCGACAUCACACAUUCGGACACCUGGUACAUAUUGGCUCAAUGCGGCCUUGCUCCCCUUCCCCCUCGCCAUUGCCCUCGGCCUUCGCCUCUUCAUCGCACUUCGAUUCGCACUCACAAUCAUGCUUGCCCUCGGAUUCACCGAUGCGCUCGACCUCGGAUUCACUGAUGCGCUCGACCUCGGAGUCACCGAUGCACUCGACCUCGAAGUCUCCGACGCCCUCGAACUCGGAGUCACCGACGCACUCACGCUCGGAGUCACCAACGCGUUCGCCGUCGAAGCUGUCAUCUCCCGCCGUAGAUGGAGGGCAUGCUGGACAGAGCAAGCCGUUCACACUGCCGGAGGACCUGCUGAGACCAAUCCAGAUGUGAUCGUUUAUAUCGACGCUUGUUUCACUCAAAAACGUAGAAGGGGGAAGGGAGACGGGCAUGAUCAUCCACGUGAAGCCGAGGAGUCAGUCUUCAUCCCGGAGGAGGAGGUGAAGAAAAUGGAGUCGUAUGUUGAGCAAAUUCGACCAAGUAGGGACACUGGGCGGCGCCGUGCCCAACCUCCCAUUUCAGCCGACGACAAUGAUGGGUAUGAAGAAGGCCUCAAGGUACCAAGGUCUGUGCUCGAUGGCUGCCAUGAAUCCUUCCUUGCCGCCGAUGAAAAGCGCGAGAAGGCUAGCACACAGUUUUUCUCGGACACCGGCCUGAUGGCAUUGCUGUGCAGGCAUGAUCGUGUCCUUUGGUUAGUAAACAUGACCUCAGCAGGGGAGAAACAACAUUACACUCUCGCUCUCAUUCAACGGCUCUUCGUGCAUCUACCCCGUUCCACCACCAUCGGGAUCUUGUAUGAUAUCGCCUGCCAGCUGCACUGGAGUUGCGUCAAGUGGGACCUUCUCGGGGAUUUGUUUGACCGCAUCAUGUUCGCUGUCUCGAUCUUUCACGUGUACGGGCAUCAAUGGCCAUGCCAACUGAUAUACCAUCCGAGGAAAUGCAUUGGAUUUGGGCUCACAGAUGGGGAGGGUUGUGAACGCUUCUGGAGCUCAAUCCGGAAGCUAAUACCAUCUCUUCGUGUCUCUGGGUAUCAUCAGCGCCUGUUCAUUCUCGAUGCACAAGUCAAGUAUCUUGACCAGCAGUCCCUCUUCAGCCUCGGUCAUUGGCUCAAUAAGAAGUGGAAGCAAUGCCAGGCCAAGAGACUUGUAGCGGCGGAAGCAGUUGAGCAAUGUGGGAUCACAGAUGAGGUGUUACGUGAGCAAUGGGCGGCACAGGUUCGCGAUCAAACCAAGCCCGCGCCUCGGCGUUCUCGCGAUAAAGGAAAGAAGGCAAUCCAGACAAUCCUGGCGCUGCAGAAGAUGCUCGGCGCGUACAACGAGAGUGUGCGCCUACUGGAACUCAAGUUACUUGGUGACGACGAUGACAUAUUCAGCAUCGAGGAGGUCAGCUUAAAGCUGAUGGAGGCAAGGUCUAAAGUAGUGAACGUCAAGCAAGCCUUGCAACGUAAGAAGACUGCGUUAGGAGUUGGUGAGCGGCUGCAGCUCUCACAUUUGAUCAACAACGCCUUCCUGAGGCUGCGUAUGAAUGCGCACGCAGUCAAGCAGCACAUCCGCGACCGUCUCCACCAGCGCAAGUUCGAGCUCGAGCGGCUCGAACGCUCGUAUCGUCAAACGGUCAACAACAACAAGCUCAGCUCUCACGCUGAGUCGUCAAUCAAGCGUCGUGAGCCCGGCAUCCUCAAGCUGGCCAAGACCUACAACGACUUGUGCAAGCAGAUGGACCUUCUCAUCAAGCAACGCAAGGCCCCGCGAUACGCAGUGUCGCUGCAGCCGAUUCAAGGCAACGGCCUCUUCAAGCUUGACAUCGAUGACGAUAUUUGGCAAGAUGUCGGCCUCGAUGAUGAUGACGACAUUGCCGCGGUCCCACGUUGGCUCGGUGAUGAGACUGUUCGCGAAGGCAUCAAGAAUCGCCUCUUACUAGAUCGCUGCAAUGAGGAGGAGGAGCGGUUGCGGGAAGAAAGGUGUUCUCUGCAAGAGUGGUUUGCGGAGGAGUGA